UUGUUUUGUUCCAUUCCAAGAAAAGGGUGAGGUGAGGCCUUAUAACACCCACGCUUCUCUCUUUCUCUUCGUUCUUUUUUAUUGGUCCAUUCUUAUUGCAGCAUCGCACUUCUCUUCUCCUUCAUUCUCAUGCUCCAAUCUUAAUGAUAAAACCCGGUUAUGGGUGCGUAGGAUAACAAUAAACCCAUACACACACACCUUGCGUACGUUAGCCACUCAUCCAUGCUUGGUGUACUCUGCGCCACUCGCUCUCGUCCUUGGAUCUUCUCUUCCCACCACCACCACCACGCCUUUCGUCUCUCUCACGCCACUGUCGCUCCUCUCACUUUCCCCGCCCGCCGCCACCAUUCCACCGCUUGCAACAACCUCCAAAUCUCAACCGGCGGUGGAGCUGCUUCGAUAUGGCACGCGAUUACUCCUUGCGGCGGCGACGGAUUCCGAACCGGCGGUGUGAUGCUUCAUCAUGACCACGAACUCAAAGGUGAAGGAUCGUGGAACGUUGCUUGGGAUGCUCGUCCUGCUAGAUGGCUUCAUCGUUCCGACUCCGCUUGGCUUCUUUUCGGUGUCUGCGCUUGCCUUGCGCCGCCGGUUGUGCUUGACGUUGAUCCCGAGGCGGCGGCGCCGACUCCAGCUGUUUUUCCGAACGAGAGUUCCGAGGGACGUGAAAUGAAAGAUGAGCUGUCCGAUGAACGUGACGAUGAACUCAACGCUGAUUACAGAGUCACGGGGGUGCUUGCUGAUGGUCGGUGUCUGUUCAGAGCAAUAGCUCAUGGAGCUUGCUUGAAAAAUGGAGAGGAAGCGCCGAAUGAAAGUCGACAGAGGGAACUUGCCGACGAAUUAAGGGUUAAAGUUGCUGAAGAACUGUUGAACAGGCGUAAGGAAACAGAAUGGUUUAUAGAAGGGGAUUUUGACACAUAUGUGACCAGAAUUCAACAGACUUAUGUUUGGGGAGGGGAACCUGAGCUAUUAAUGGCUUCUCAUGUUUUGAAGACUCCAAUAUAUGUCUUCAUGAGAGAUGCAAGCUCAAUGGAUUUGGUAAAUAUAGCAAAAUAUGGUGAAGAAUAUAUGAAUGAUGAGGAGAUUUCCAUCAAUGUGCUAUUUCAUCGACAUGGUCACUACGAACUAUUGGAGACCUUAUGACCAAAAGUUGUCUCAAAAAUAAUAAACAUGCAGUACAGUAUUUAGUUUCUUUAAUCAUGCGGUAUAAGUCUUCUGGGACAUAAAGAGUUUUUUUUUUUGUCAUUUGGGGAAUUGUUUCAGUGAAUUUAGUAGCUUUUUUGCAACUGCCAUUUGAGCUGCAGGGAGCUUCAAUCUAAUCCAAUGAAGUUUUUUUUUUUUUUUUUUUUUUUUUUUUUUUUUUUUCUUUCAGUUUUUUGUACUUUCUUUUUAAUGGCAGAUUUAGGUGAGUUGGUGUGUUCUCGAUACUCACCAGGAUAUGAACAUAGGGUCUCAAGUCUUAAAGAACACUAACAUAUAGUUACAUACAAAUUAUUCACCAACGAAGUUUUUAUGCUCAUAGUGGAAA